AUGUUUUUCCUCAAAGAAGAAACCAAGGUCGUCGUCCUGCACCCGUCUUACUUCGGCCCGAAUGUCAAAGAAUACCUCGUCAACCGGCUGAACGAAGAGGAAGAAGGAAGAUGUACGGGCGAUCACUUCGUCAUUUGCGUCAUGGAUAUGGUAGAUAUAGGCGAAGGAAGAGUGAUUCCUGGCAGCGGAGCUGCUGAGUACACCAUCAAAUAUCGCGCGAUCAUCUGGAAGCCUUUCCGGGGAGAAACGGUGGAUGCUAUUGUGACCUCUGUCAAACCUACAGGUAUUUUCACGCUCGCUGGCCCGUUGUCUGUCUUCAUUGCGCGGAAAAACAUUCCUUCGGAUAUCAAAUGGGAACCUGGCGCCAAUCCUCCACAAUACACCGAUCACGCGGAUCAAGUAAUCGAGAAGGGAACCAGCCUUCGACUGAAGAUUCUGGGUGUGAAACCAGAUGUAUCCAACAUCAAUGCUAUUGGGACCAUCAAAGAAGAUUAUCUAGGGUACGGGCCCAUUCCCUGGCCGACAAGAUCCUGUCCCUGUGAUGAAACUAACAAUUUGCAGAACACUUUAAGGGAUCAAUCUGGUCGAGCAGUAAUGGCUCAAUUGUCCAAUAUGUCUCUCCACAGAUCGCGGAGAGUAUUUUUCACAUCAUAG